CAGAGCACCGACAGUUUUUGGGAAGAAGACGUUUGCCCAUCUCGGCUCCACCACCCUUCAGCAAUAUAUAUAUACUGAGCUGGUAACAACCUCCAUGGAGUGAAGAUAGUGAUAGAUGAGAGCUUCCUGGCUGCUGACCUUCUUCAGUGCGGCCCCGGAUUCGAGCUCCUGGUUUUUUCGGAGAUCCGAGCCCCUGGCUUUUUCUACUUUUUUUUCCUGCUUUGUGCGUUCUCAAGCUUCCCAAAUCCCAAUUUUUUUAAGAGACCCAAAUCCCAAAUUCAUGUAUCCAGUAUCCGAUUGACCUUCCAAUACAUAUAUACUUCGUAUAUAGAAGUAAUAUGCAAAUAUCCAUGGAAUAGAAAUAGGUGUUCACGGGGAUUGCAAAGGUGUAAGCACGGUCUUUGUAUAUUCACAUUUAACAUGAAGGUUAUAGUUGUACUUUAACAAACUAAUACAUCAAAAAUCACUUUUUUCAUCAAACACUUCAACUUUAACUUUUUAACAAUAAUCACUUUUAUUCACAAACAUUACCUACUUUUACUAUAAAUCACUUUUCUAAUAAUCUCUUAAAAAAAUUUGAAAAGUACAGCCAAUCACGAUUCUGCUUUCCCGUCCGGGUAAUUAAUGACACCCAUUUUUCGCGGGCCGGUCCGAGCUCAUAUUUGCACCCGUCUAAUACGUUUAUUCGAUUUUGCAGUUUUGCAGAAGCUAGAAAUUUGCAAUCUCAUUCGUCCAGACCCCUUCUCUGUGUACUGCAGUUGCCGCUGGCUUUUCUCACCCACAUCACAGCCUCACAGGUCUCCAGCUUUCUAUCCGAGAAUUCACCGUGCUUCCACAUCCAAUCCAGGCCUUGAUCUUCAUUCUACGCUGCUGCACCCCUUCCCCGAUAACAUUCUCAAACGAAUGCUAGUCCUCACUGAAUGCUGGUAGUCAACAGCAACACCCUUUGUCUCUGGCUGCACAUGAGAAGUUAAUACCCAUUUGAUGGAUAUGGAUACUAACGAUCAGCAGCCAAAGCAAGAGCGUCUGAGAACAAGAUGGACACCGUCUCUUGACAAGAUCUUUGCAGAACUAGUUGUUGAGCAGAUUCGUCUAGGAAACAGACCAAACAAUGUCUUUGAUAAGAAAACCUGGAACUACAUCCGCAGUGAGUUUAACAGACAAACAAACCUCGAUUUCAACAACAAUCAGUUGAGGAAACACCUUGAUGUACUCAGGACUCGUUACUACUCUUUCAAGUCAUCUGCUUCUGGUCAACAUGAUUCAUUGGCAGAUUGUUUUGAUGGUUUUGAUCUUUGGGAAGACAUAGGGGGUCAACCGAAACAAGAAACGGGUAAGAUCAAGGAAUGUCCAAUCUAUGAGGAACUGUGUUUGAUUUUUGAAGAGCCUGAUGCCGAUGGGAAGUAUGCGCAGUCAAGUCACUAUGGAGAAUUGGAAAAAUCAGCAGCAGCAGUAGUAGAUCAUUCGUCUUUAGCAGAAAACCAAACCACAUCACCUGUGACCCCAUUCCCUUUGACAUACUUCCCUGGUUCACCGCCAAAGUCCAUGGCUAAGACUGGAACAGAAAAGAAGAGAAAGCGCCCCCGUGAGGCAGUUCCAGAUUCAGGUGACAGUAGUCGGGACAGUGAGAUGAUUGACGUUAUCUCGCAAACGUUGCAAGAGAUGAUAGCUUCAUCAAAGGUGGGGUCAAUUGGUGCCCCUCCCCAAUCUGACAAAAGAUUCAGUAUAAGUAAGUGCAUUAAAGCGUUGGAUGAUAUGGAAGGCAUACAUGACACACAUUACUAUUCAGCUCUUGAGUUGUUUGAGGAUCCAAAUCUGAGAGAGGCGUUUCUCUCUCUCAAUGGCAGCAUACGUCUGACAUGGUUGCAGGGGAAAUUGACUGAUUUUGCCUUUGGUUGACUGUUGAGCUGCAGUUCUACCAGACUGGUAAAAACCCUGAUUGUAGUGGCAAGUAGGAUUUUAGAAGGAAAAAAACACUUUUUGGUCCUAUGAUUUGUAGGUCAUUCUAUUUUUUAUCCAGAACUUAUUUCUUUCCACUGUUGAUGCAUAACUAUGAUAUUUUGCUCCAUUUGGUUCUCUUUGUCCGUUAUUCUAAAGAAAAUCACCAGAGAUGUACAAA